AUGAUUCGAGGAGCGCUUCUUGGAAUCAUCUGGAUGACAUAUUGUGUCUGCGCGUCAUUCCAACAAGAGACGACGUUCGUCUACAACGGCUUCGACCAAGGAGACCUUAGUAUUCACCUUCAGGAGAGUGCAAAAAUCCUUCCAAAAAAAGAUAUCUUGCAACUGACGAAUGCAACUACAACGCAAAUGGGUCGGGCUUUCUUCGAGCAGCCUAUUGUGUUCAAACCAUCAGAACCAGUUUCGUUCUCGACACAUUUUGUCUGUGCGCUUGUCCGUGUUGGUGAGGUUCGUGGCCAUGGCAUGGCGUUUUUUGUGUCCCAUUCCACUGAUUUCAAAGACGCCGAACCAACUCGAUACUUCGGGCUUUUCAACCCUAGUGGAUCUGCUUCCACACGUGUGUUGGCUGUUGAGCUUGAUAUUGCUAAAGCUUCGGAUGUGCAAGACAUCAAUGAUAAUCAUGUUGGGAUUGAUGUGAACAGUCCAAAGUCUCUGGUAGCUGCUCCCGCGUCUUAUUUCUCAGACAAAGAAGGUCGGAAGAUAGGCAUAGAACUCGUGAGUGGCGAGCCUAUCCAGGUCUGGGUGGAUUAUGUGGGAACAAGACUGAACGUUUCAUUGGCUCCUCUUGGAAACCAGAAACCAAGCCGACCUCUUUUGUCAUCCAAAUCCAUCAAUCUUACGGAGAUUGUGCAAGGUAGAAGAAUGUUUGUAGGCUUUUCUGGUUCAACAGGGUCAAGCGUGGUGAACCAGUAUGUACUCGGGUGGAGUUUUAGCAAAAGCUUGGCGUCCUUGCAGAAGAUUGACAUCUCAAGACUUCCCAAAGUUCCUCAUCCUAGCAUUAAAAAUAACUAUUUAUCUCGGGUGCUUGAUGUUCUGCUGGGUUUGCUAGCUUUCUUAGUUUUGGGGCUUGUUUUUUGGGCUUAUAUGUAUAGGAGAAACUUGUACGCCGAAUUCUCAUCCGAAGAUGUCGAGAGGGUUCUGAAAGUCGGUUUGCUCUGUACAAACCUUGCUCCAGAUGCAAGACCGUCUAUGGAGCAAGUGGUGCAGUACAUAAAUGGAAACGUAGCAAUGCCCGAGGUUUGGCCAGAUUCUCCCGGAAUUGGAGUUCUCACUCCAAUGGUUUUUUCACCAUCACAACACUCUCUCCCUUCCCUAUCAUUGUGUUCUUCCUCAUACAACAACUCUAUGUUUAUUACUCAUACAGUCUUCCACGGGAGUGGACGAUGA